AUGAAUAGGAGGCAGCAAAGGGCAUUCAAAGUGUUGUUUUGGAUUAUGGGAAUCUGUCUAACGUGUUAUCUUGCAGGACCACCUUUGUUAUGGACACUCCGCGACACCUUCAGUUCUGAUUCUUCUUCUUCUUCUUGUCCCCCUUGUCAUUGUGAUUGUUCUCUUGAAUCCCUUCUUUCCAUCCCAGAAGGAUUGGGCAACAAUUCUAUUUUAGAUUGUAUGAGGCAGGAUCCAGAGGUGAGUGAAGAAGCAGGGAAGAGUUUUACAGAUCUUUUGUCUGAAGAGUUAAAGCAAAAAGAAAGUGAAGCUGAAGAAAAACAAAGACAUGCUGAUAUAUUACUGUUGGAGUCUAAGAAAAUAGCUUCACAGUAUCAAAAGGAAGCUGAUAAAUGCAAUUCAGGAAUGGAGACAUGUGAGGAAGCUAGGGAAAGAGCUGAAACAACACUUGAAAAUCAGAUGAAAGAAACUGCUUUGUGGGAACUUAGAGCUCGCCAAAGAGGAUGGAAACCUUCAGCUAAGAGAGCUGUAGUCCAGUUUUGA